AUGCUCCUCAAAAGCGCAGCCACCACCAUAGCCACACCUUCCCUCUGCUCCUCCCUCUUCAAAGCCCCCCUCUCUAUCCCCAAACUACCCCUCCCCAAUUGCUUCAAUUCCCCCCGUACCCUCGCCCUCAGGCCCUCCACCCCGAGGAUGAGCUGGCUCAGUCGGCUGGGCUUUGGUGCCCGCUCCCCCACCGACCCCUCCGUGGACUCGUCCUCUUCCUCGGCCAUCGCCCAGGGACCCGACGACGACAUACCCGCCCCGGGUCAGCAGUUUGCCCAAUUCGGGGCGGGCUGCUUCUGGGGUGUCGAAUUGGCCUUCCAGAGGGUGCCGGGUGUCACCCGGACCGAAGUCGGGUACAGCCAGGGCCGUCUGCACGACCCGACGUACGAGGAUAUCUGCUCGGGCACUACGAACCACUCGGAGGUGGUCCGGGUACAGUAUGACCCGAAAGAGUGCAGCUUUGAUACCCUGCUUGAUGUUUUCUGGGCGAGGCAUGACCCGACAACUCUCAAUCGUCAGGGGAAUGACGUAGGAACUCAAUACAGAUCCGGAAUUUACUUCUAUACCCCUGAACAAGAGGAAGCAGCAAUCGCGUCUAAGGAGAGGCAGCAAAAAGUCUUGAACAGGAAGAUCGUGACGGAGAUUCUUCCCGCCAAGAAAUUCUACAGAGCCGAAGAGUAUCACCAGCAGUACCUUGCAAAAGGAGGUAGGUUUGGUUUCAGACAGUCGACUGAGAAAGGUUGCAAUGACCCGAUUCGUUGCUAUGGCUGA